CGUCACUGCCCCGUACAUAAUCACAAGAUACAGUGUUAAAUGUCAGCUGACUUAAAAAUUAUUUUGUGAACAAUUUGCGUGAAACAAUAAUUUUGCAAAUAUGUCAGGAAAGGACAGGCUCCCAAUUUUUCCCUCUAGAGGAGCACAAAUGUUGAUGAAGUCUCGGCUUGCUGGAGCUCAAAAAGGUCAUGGAUUACUUAAAAAGAAAGCAGAUGCUUUACAAAUGCGAUUCAGGAUGAUUUUAAAUAAAAUUAUUGAGACAAAAACUUUAAUGGGUGAAGUGAUGAAAGAGGCUGCAUUCUCCCUUGCUGAGGCUAAGUUUGCCACUGGAGAUUUCAAUCAAGUUGUGCUUCAGAAUGUAACAAAGGCGCAAAUAAAAAUUCGCACUAAGAAAGACAAUGUAGCUGGUGUGACUUUGCCUGUAUUUGAAUCUUAUCAAGAUGGAUCCGAUACAUAUGAGCUGGCUGGUUUGGCAAGGGGAGGACAACAACUUACAAAACUUAAGAAGAAUUAUCAAAGUGCAGUCAAGUUACUUGUAGAACUUGCAUCUUUACAAACAUCCUUUGUUACUUUGGACGAAGUGAUCAAGAUCACAAAUAGAAGAGUAAACGCAAUUGAACAUGUGAUCAUUCCUCGAAUUGAGCGCACUCUGGCAUACAUUAUAUCUGAAUUGGAUGAACUCGAAAGAGAAGAAUUUUAUCGUCUUAAGAAAAUUCAAGAUAAGAAACGGAUUGCUAGAUCAAAAGCCGAAAAGGCUAAAGCAGAUCUGCUCGAACAAGGAACGGAUGUCAGAGAUGUUGCAAAUAUAUUAGAUGAAGGUGAUGAUGAUUUACUUUUCUAAAAAUUUUGCAUAACUCAAGAUCGUUAACAAAGUUUGAAGGAGUAUUGUAUAUCAAUUUUUUGAUAAUGUACUCUUUACAAUGUUAAAAAUGUAUAAGCUAUUGAUUAAAAUGUACAUGAACGUAUAUUAUAUUGAGUGGCAAUAAUUUAAUUCAUGCAAAUCAUAAUGAUAAAUUUGUAAUUGUUUAAUUUCAAGAAAUUGUAAUAUUGUAAUUCAUGUAAAUAAUUGAUUGCAUUCCAAAAUGUUUUUAUUUUUGUUUUUAUUUUAAUAGUUUUAUUUAAAAUGUUGUUGUUGUAUUAUAUAUUCAGUAUUUUAAAAAAUAAUAAAUUUACUCCCGUUGCUAA